UCGCACCAAUUCGGAUCAGGUUCAUAGCCGAACAAGGUUCGAGACGUUGAAACAAGAAUAGCAUCCAUCUUCGGCUAAAUCAAAGACUUCUUUCAAAGUGUGUGCCUGGUAUCGCGACAGAGGGAGUAGGAAGCUACACUAUAUGAUCUCAUCUCGGUACCGUCUCCACUCCAUCGAAAUCUCGUUUGUGGAGCAACAUAAUUUGCUAAGCCAAGACCAAAACCAUGCUGCUUCGAUCCCUUUACCACCGAAACAACCAUCGCAGUAUGGGUGGCGGUGAUCCUCUCGCCCUCAAUGGACACCACAAGGACAGAGCCUUCCCGACCAAAACCAUCGCAGACGGUAACCAAAAGCCAGUCCUUACAAAUGCCAGCAAACAGCCUGUGGUGCCGAUCAAUGUCAUCAACCUUGAUAAAGACAAGGCACGAUGGGGCAAAGUGAUCCUUGAGCUACAAAAUAAAGGAGGACAGCUUGUGGAACGAUUUCCUGCUGUUUAUGGGAAGGCUCUUUCAGAGGAAGAGCUGGUUGCCAACACAACGCCAUUGGCACGAAUCUUCUGCACUCGUCCGGUCAUCGGCUGCUUCCUUUCUCAUCGGAAUGCUUGGAUGAAAGUAUUGAAGUCAACCAAGUUUCCUUAUCAAGUGAUUCUCGAAGAUGAUGCCAUCAUUGCCUGUAACAACUUUUCAGAAAGGAUCCAGGACCUUGUGGAAGAACUUGAAUCCAAUGGAGAGACGAGAGAUCAGUGGGAUAUUCUCAUGCUUGGCGGCAUUGCUUGUGUCCAUCCAGAGCAAGACUAUGGGUUGAACAUAUUAGAUGCCAUGCUGGUGGGUGGAACUCGGAAACCACGCUUUAUUGAUAAUUCUACCAGGAUCCAUGUCCCCUACAGACCCGAAGGGUGCCAUGGUUAUGUUGUGUCAAAACGCGGCGCUCAAAAGCUCUUGCGACGAGCAUACAAAGCCAACUUCAUGGUGGAUGAAGUAGCGUUUGGAGAUCCUACGAACUCAAGUGUUUACAUCUGCCAUCCAAUGCUGGUCUACCAAGACCAGACAUUGCCUUCUACCCUCGGAAUGAAUGAGGUUGGGUGGGGAAUCUCGCGAUGGAUUCCCAACUGGGACGUGGAUCCCUACACCAAGGUGAAAUUGAAGUGGGCGGUCCGUGAACCAUUGAUUCAGAUGGGGCGCCUCGAGCUCAUCUUGACUACAGAGCGCUUGAUCCAAACGGCCAUUGCAGGAGUACUUCUAAAUCUUGUGCUGUUUGCCCUCGGUAAAAUCCCUGCUCUUGCAGUCCCUCUGCCGGCGAUUUUAACCUCUGGCACUUUGAAAUUGUUUGUCCACAUUAUGUUAAAUACAAAUGAAGGUAUUGACAUCUAAACCAACCACCCUUUGUCCUCCCAACGCAAUGGGAGGAUGCCGCCAAUGACACUGGAUUCGAUUCCGUUCUCCACCUGGAAAGGGGACAGCUGGAUCUAUAUAAGUAAUAAAUGAAGACUGAAUUUACUGUGAACACUCCAAUUGCAGCUAGAGCCAGGAGAGCACCA